AUGUCUCAACGACUCUUGCUGUGGUUGUUGCUGCUGUUAAAUAAAACUAAAUUAUUUUCCUGCACUUGGGACGUCAUCGUCAUUGGAUCAGGAUAUGGAGGCUCCGUAAUGUGCCACGAACUUGCCCGAAAUUUUCCUAAAUGGCAAAUUUUACUCAUCGAAGCAGGACCAAAUGCAUAUACCGGGCGAGGAGUGUGCUUAAUUCAAGAUGCUCCUCUGUUAUCACUUCGUCAACAAGAAGACGAAGAAUAUAAUUGGAAAUUCAAAAGUGAACCAUGGAAUGGAGUAUGUCGCGCUAUGGAAGAAUCCAAAUGUGCUUACACGUGCGGCAAAGGCAGCGGCGGCUCAUCGCAAAUUAGCUCAAUGAUUUAUUCACGCGGAGUCCCGGGUGAUUUUAAUGCAUGGGCAGCUGAGGGAUGCACUGGAUGGGAUUACGAAUCAGUUUUGCCGCAUUUUAAAAACUUGGAGAAACUUGUCGCACCAGCACCAACGCGUCCGAGUCCCAUUGAAGAUUCCGAUCACGGCGAAAAUGGCAUUUAUGUAACGGAAUUUUGUGAACAUUCAAAUUUCGCACGUGACUUUAUUACCGGCGGUGUUUCGCAGGGAUGUAAACACGCGGAUUACAAUGAGAAAAACAGGGAACCCGACGUGAUUUCUUUCAUUCAGCAAAACACUAAUGAAGGAAAACGUCAAAAUGUGGCAGCGGAUUUGUUGAUAAAAAGUGAUUUUGUUAUAGAGGCUGCCCUUAACGCCAACGUUAAUAAGUUAGUUUUUCAAAAUGGGCAACUCGCCGGUGUUCAUUUCACUCAAAAUGGAAAAGUUUAUCAAGCAGCUGCCCGAAGAGAGGUUAUUUUAAGUGCAGGCGUCGUCAAGUCUCCACAAAUUCUGAUGUUGAGCGGAAUUGGACCGAAAAGCAUAUUGGAUGCGUAUAAAAUUCCUGUGGUUAAAGAUUUGCCUGUGGGCGAAUUUUUGUCUGAUCAAGUCAAUUUCCAUGCUCUGAUUUAUACAACCAACACAGUAGACGAAUGUAUCGAUUACGACGAAGUUUACGAUAGUAUCGGAGCUUGGGCUGAAAAUGAACUAAACAUUCUUGCGAUACCAGAAGGCAAAGAAGUCAUUGCCUUUGGUCGAUCUCCAAAAUCAAAACUACCUGCUGGCAUUCCGGAUUACCAGAUAACUUUCACAGCUUCACAUUAUGCCACUGACGGGGGAAAAUAUCUGCGGAAAAAUCAUCGUAUAACCGAACAAUUUUUUGAAACUGUUUUUGGACCUUUGAAGGGAAAAGACGCUCUAUCCUGUACUUGCACCCUUCUCCAUCCAAAAUCCAAGGGAAGUCUCUGGAUCAGAGAGAAAAAACCAACCACAGAUCCUUAUAUCUCCCCGAAAAUAUUUGACGUGGCCGAAGAUAUGGAAACACUCUUGGCUUGCAUCAAAAAAGCUAAAGCGAUUUUCAAGUCAGAACCAAUGAAAAAAUACGCUCCAACUCUGUAUCCCUUGAACAUUCCAGAAUGCAAUGCCCAAGGCUUUGACUCUGAUCCGUAUUGGUAUUGCUGCUUUAAGUAUCUAGCGAUGCCAGCAGUAAAUGGCGUUGGUACAUGCAAAAUGGGACCUCCGUCGGAUAAAACGGCAGUUGUGGAUCCCAGUUGUAAAGUCAUUGGUGUGGAAAAAUUGAGAGUUGUUGAUGCUUCUGUGAUGCGAAGUCACGUUUCAGGUCCGUCGGAAGCAACAAUUAUGAUGAUGGCGAAGAAAGUAGCGGAUGAUAUGAAGAAGCUUUAUGGUCCCGCUUAUCAAUUCAUUACUGCCCAAACCAAUUUCGUUCCUGAUGGAAAACCUGAAUGGGAUUUCUGUGUAAUCGGUUUGGGAGCUGCUGGAGCAAUUCUUGCUACUCGUCUUGGCGAAAAUCCCAAACUGAAAGUUCUCGCACUUGAAGCUGGUAAACAUACAUUACAAGCUUUCGCAGAUAAGCCAUUGGGUUCUUUGCUACUGCAAAAACAUGAGGAUUACAAUUGGGGCUAUGUGAACGAAGUUGAACCCAACAUAUGUCUCGGCAUGGAAAAUCAACAAUGUUCAUUUCCUCGAGGAAAAGGUUGCGGCGGCAGUACUUGUUUGAAUGCCAUGAUGCACGUUUGCUCGAAACGAAAUGACUUUGAACGUUUACAAGAAGCGAAUAUUCAAAACUGGAAUUACGAUAACGAUUUUCAGUAUUACAAAAAAUUCGAGAAAUUUAGUUCAGCUGGAGGAACGCCGACAAUUGUGCAUGGAGCAAGUCACGGUACAAGCGGUCCAAUGACAGUUGAAUUUGCAAGAUAUCGCACGGAGUUUGCAAAUGCUUUCAUGCAAGGUGCUAUAGAAAAGGGUUUGACUCAUGCGGAUUAUAAUUCAAAAGAUAAUACGAAUCCGAAUAUUGUGUCAUGGUUGCAAUCCUACACGAAAUACGGAAGACGUGAAGAAACGUGCAGUACUUAUAUCAAUACAGUAGCGAAAAACUACCCGAAUUUGACUAUUGUGUACGAAGCUUUGGUCACCAAAAUCGUAUUUAACUCUAACAAAGUUGCGAUAGGUGUUAAUUUUAUUAAAGAUGACCAAUUGUAUUAUGCUCCUGUGAAAAAUGAAAUCAUAGUAAGUGCUGGCGUCUUCAAUUCCCCAAAACUUUUGAUGUUAAGUGGCAUUGGACCUCAAGCACAUUUAAACAGUCUCAACAUCCCAGUAGUUAAAAAUGCCCCAGUUGGCAAAUACAUGGAAGAUCAUCCAAGUAUUUACGCGCCAAUAUAUGUCACAAAUACCACGGGCAAAAGUGUCAACCCCGAUGAUCUUGUAUCUGAUUGGUUUUCAUGGUUAAUAGGUGGCGGUACGAAACUAAGUCUUCCCAUGGCUGUCGAUCUUCUUGCUUUUGGUCGUUCAAGUACUUCAACUCAAAAACCCGGCUAUCCGGAUUACGAAAUGAUUUUUACAGCCGCCUCUUAUGCCUCGCUGGGCGGAAUUCUUCAACGUAAAAACCAUCGUAUGAAAGACUCCUUCUUCAAUGAAGCUUUUGGACCGAUAGCAAGCAAGUCAAAUGAUUCUAUGGCUGUUAUAUGCAUGGUACUCAAUACCAAAUCUGUUGGAGAGAUACAAUUACGCGAUACUAAUCCAAAAAGUUCACCCAAAAUCUAUUCAAAGAUGUUUACUAAUCCAGCUGAUGCUGAUGUUAUGCUGAGUUGCAUCAGGAAGGCUCAGCAAAUUUUCGAAUCGAAUUCCAUGAAAAAGUAUGAUCCACAGCAACAUAUACCGAAUAUAGCGGGAUGUUCAAGCUAUUCUUUAAAUAGUGAUGCGCAUUGGAAAUGUCUUUUUAAGUAUAUGGCAACAAACAUUUAUCAUCAAGUAGGAACUUGUCGCAUGGGAAUCGAUGAUGGAAAUGCUGUUGUAAAUCGUAACUUCCACGUGAUGGGCGUCUAUUCGUUGAGAGUUAUUGACAGUUCAGCAAUCAGACAUGUUCCAACAGGACAUGUCGCAUGUCAUACCAUGAUGAUGGCGGAAAAAGGAUUCCAAUUAAUCAAAAAUGAUUUCGGAAAUUUAUGGUAA